AUGAAUGCUGCUAACUUAAAUUUAGAAAGAGACAAUUAUAAGGAUUUAUUGAAGAGUAUAAAGGAUGAAUCAAUGCAACUGGCCAUACGACAUCAAAGCAAUUCAUAACAUGUUUUGGAGAAAAAAAGGAAAUAAAAAACUGAAACUGAUCAUAAAUUCACGUUGGCUCUUCCAAGCAUAGAAAACAGUACCUUAGAAGAUAUUUCAUCUCAUUUUCAUUCCAUUCGAAGAAGCUAACCAGGAGGAUUUUGUGAAUUAAUAGCCAAUAAAUCUUAAUAAAAGUUUAUUUAGCAAAGCUUUCUAGAAUUACAAAGAAACAAAAUGUCUCAAACGUAUAGAGACAUUAAUUUAAGCGAAAGGAAAUUUAAAUCCAUGCAACGUAAAGUUCCUCAUCGAGAACCAUUAACAUUAAAAUAUUUAGAAAAAUAAUUAGGAAUAUCGAAAACCCCAGAAAAACAAAUUUUGCCCACUGUUUAAAGACAAUAAUAAUAGAAAAGAAAGAUUACAGAGGAGGACAUCAAAGAAGAAUAGCCAAUUGUCUCAUUUUUUGAAGAAACUUUAAACUCUUAUUCUUACGCUGUCCCUAGUAGAAGAGAGUCUGCCUAGAUUGGAGUUGUCAGAGAUAGAAUGUACGUCUAUGGAGGAAUGAGUGGAGCUGGAAUAAAUAAUGAAAUUUGGUGGUUCGAUUUAAAAAAGCAGGAAUGGAGUAAUUAUUGUUCAAAUGUUUAAUUAUUUAUAACCAGCCAUUCAAUGGUGGUAUGGAAAUAGUUUCUAGUGUUAUUUGGAGGAUCUGGGUAUUAUGAUCAUAAAAUGAAAAUCAGGUAAGUGUAUUCCACACUCGGAUUCUUUAAUACAAUAACUAACUAGUGGACAACAUCUUUGGAAUCAGUGGAACCCAGAAGAGAACAUAAAGCUUCAAUACUCUUUGGAAAAUUGAUGGUAAUAACAGGUGGAUUAGAUUCAGCAGAAAAACUACUGGAUGACACCUUAAUUUAUUCUUUGGAGUCUAAGAGAUGGACUGGUUAGAAAUUGAUAUUCGAAGAAGGAAUUGCAUAGCAUGCUUAAUGCACCGCAUAUGAUAAUAAGAGAAAUAUUGAAACUGUUUAUAUUUUUGGUGGAUAAACUGCAAAAUUGAACUCAUUUCCUUUAAUGAAGAUGACAUUUUACGGGCUUCAUCCUGUUGGUUGGGAGAAAGUGUAAUAUUCAGGUUAAGCACCUGAGGGUAGAUACAAUCAUACCAUGGAGAAUGUUGGUGAUUAUUUGAUUCUGAUUGGUGGCAGAUCCUAAGAGAAGAAGGAAUACUAGAAUGAGAUCUAUAUUUUCCAUCUUCAAAAGAGUUAUUGGACUAUAGCUUAAAGAUAAGGGUUGUAAACAAAAAGAUGGAGUCAUUCUAGUUGUGUAUAUGGUAGCAACAUCCUAUGUUUUGGAGGAAUAGGUGAAAAUACAUAUUUGCCUCCUCACAUUUAUUAAAUAGAAACUGAUAACUUCAAAAUCAAAGGCAAGAUUGUGGUUGUUAAACCAUUAUCAACUAUAGAUGAAGAAUUCGCUAGCAACAGUCCUCCUAUGAUAAUCACAAGAGAGUAGGAGUAAGAUUCUAAGAAGGUUUGUCGAUUGGAGAAAUUCAGAAAAGCAAGAAAAAUGUAUGAACAAAUUACAACUUAUUUGCCGUUGCCUAAGUUGAAAACACCUAAAAUGAGAUACGAUCUCUUAAUUCAUUUUGUUAAGAACGUACUGAAAUAAAUUGGUUAUAUCUGA